AAGUCCCUCUCCAUUUUCGAAUUUUCAUUUUUUCCUUCUUUUCUCCAGAAAAUAUUGACUCUCCCAUGCACUUGUCGUCUGAAUCCUAAUCUCUCUCUCUCUUUAGAUCGUGGAACCAACAAAACCCAUUUCACCCUUUUCUCAAAUUUGUCACCUUUUCCCAAAUUUGUCACCUUUUCGCUUUGUUUUCUCCAUCCUCUUCGAUCUUUUUGAUUUCUGUGUAUAACAAUGGCGGAAUUGGGUUUGAGAUCGGUGAUUUUGGGUUUUCUCUGUUUCGCUCUAGCUUUCGCCUUAGUCUCUGCUGAGAGAAGCUUUAUCAAAGAAAAAGCUCAGAGAUUUGGUGAUUCAGAUGAAACGCGGGAAAAAGAAUCAAGCUUUUUGAUCAAAGCUGUGAACUUUCUUUGGGAAUCUAAUCAAAUUGGUUACCAUCAUGUUUGGCCUGAGUUUGAGUUUAAUUGGCAAAUCGUAUUGGGAACACUUGUUGGAUUCUUUGGAGCUGCGUUUGGUAGUGUAGGUGGUGUAGGUGGUGGUGGUAUCUUUGUACCUAUGCUUAGUUUGAUUAUUGGGUUUGAUCCUAAAUCUGCUACUGCUAUUUCAAAAUGUAUGAUAAUGGGUGCUUCUGUGUCAACUGUGUAUUACAAUCUUAGAUUGAGGCAUCCAACACUUGAUAUGCCAAUCAUAGACUAUGAUCUCGCUUUACUUAUCCAGCCUAUGCUUAUGCUUGGGAUUAGUGUUGGUGUUGCUUUUAAUGUCAUUUUCCCAGAUUGGUUGGUUACUGUUCUACUUAUCAUCCUCUUUCUAGGCACGUCAACAAAGGCGUUUAUGAAAGGUUCUGAGACUUGGAACAAGGAAACUAUACAGAAAAAGGAAGCUGCUAAGCGUUUAGAAUCAAAUGGUGUCUCUGGCACUGAAGUGGAAUAUGUGGCUCUUCCAGCUGCCCCGAGCACGAACGCUAAGAAAGAAGUGGUAGGUAUUCUUGAAAAUGUAUACUGGAAGGAACUGGGGCUUCUUGUUUUCGUCUGGUUUGUAUUCUUGGCACUGCAGAUAUCCAAGCAAAAUCUAGCUACUUGUUCAGUAGCAUAUUGGGUCAUAAAUUUGUUACAGAUUCCGGUUGCAAUUGGUGUAUCAGGCUAUGAGGCAGUAGCUUUGUACCAGGGUAGAAGAAUCAUUGCAUCUAAGGGACAAGGAGACUCGAAUUUCACUGUUGGCCAGCUUGUUCUUUACUGUACAUUUGGCAUAUUGGCUGGCAUAGUCGGUGGUCUACUCGGUUUAGGCGGAGGUUUCAUCAUGGGUCCAUUGUUCUUAGAGCUGGGUGUACCACCACAGGUUUCAAGUGCCACAGCCACUUUUGCAAUGACUUUCUCAUCAUCCAUGUCUGUUGUAGAAUACUAUCUUCUCAAACGAUUCCCCGUUCCAUAUGCUCUAUACCUUGUGGGAGUGGCAACAAUUGCAGCUUUGGUUGGACAGCAUGUAGUCAGAAGGCUAAUUGCAGCUCUUGGCCGGGCAUCUCUCAUCAUCUUCAUCCUCGCGUCCAUGAUUUUUACCAGUGCGAUAUCGCUUGGUGGAGUGGGAAUAGCAAACAUGAUAGGCAAAAUCCAACGGCAUGAGUACAUGGGUUUCGAGAACCUUUGCAAGUACGGUGGUUGAGGUUUAAGGAGUCUGGCUCAGAGUUAUGGUUCUUAGAUCAUCUCAGGCUUCUUCUCUCUUAAGUGAUGCCAAAUCUACUAAGUGUUUAACUUGUUGCCUUAUAAAAAACUAUGUCAAGACUCAAGACUUAUGGUCUUUUAGUUGUGUGUUUUGAUGUCAUUUACUUAGAAUUUGGAAAAAUGUAUUAUUAUUAGCAUUUUUUUUUUAUUGGGUUGCCUUAUGGUUGAAAAUGUAAUUUAUGGCAAUAUAAGGGAUUUUGAUCAUUUUGUCAACAGUCAA